UUUCAGUAGCGGUGGGGAGCCGUCUGCUAAUCUGCUAAGUAGAAAAUGACCCAAUAUGGUGGGAUAUCUUUGACUUUUUCUGGUCACGAUGGCGAGGCUUUCCCCGCGUUGGGUAAUACUUCCCCGAUCUGUUUGGUUUGUUUGGUCCGUAUCGAUUGUAUCGAGCUUACCGCCGUCCUUUGUUCUCCAGACCUAGACUAGUGCUUACAAGGGUGCUCUCAUCCCCAUACCCCAUAUCUAGGUACCCCCAGUUCGCGUCCAGGGCCUCUUCAAUCCUCCUUUUAUACUCUUAUCCCCACAUGGAACUUCUCUCCAACUAGCUAUUUUAUCUCAAGGAGCUUCGCUAUUCGCAAUGGCAACCGAAAACACCCAUAGCGACCUGGAGAAGAACAACGGCCCUGAGGCCAAGGAGAUCGAAGAGGGUCACCUGAAGGAUGAGGUAGCCAGUACCGUCCUCGCUUCUUCUGCCGCUGAGCGAAAACUACUAUGGAGGCAAGACAAGCGCAUCGUGCCCCUAGCCGCGGGCAUCUACUUCCUUUGCUAUUUAGACCGUUCCAACAUUGGCAACGCCAAAGUCCUCAAUUCAGCAACCCAUAACGAUAUGCAAACAGAGACCGGGACCUCAAACUACCAGUUCAACAUCGCGCUCAUGAUCUUCCUAAUCGGCUACUUCCUAUUCGAAGUCCCGUCAAAUAUUCUACUCAAGAAGCUUCGCCCGUCUAGAUGGCUUGCCUUCCUUAUGUGUUCUUGGGGUGUUAUUACCAUUGGCAUGGGUGGUGUCCAUAAUUAUGCCCAGAUGACUGGCGUCCGCUUCCUGCUAGGCGCCUUCGAAGCUGGUCUCUUCCCCGGGCUAAUCUAUUAUUUAACAUUUUGGUAUAAAAGCAACGAGCGCAGUGUACGAGUAGCUUUCAUCCUCGCAAGCGCCACUCUUGCCGGUGCCUUCGGCGGAGCAAUCGCUUUUGGAGUCGGCCAUAUGAAUCAGACGCGCGGCCUGUCUGCUUGGAGAUGGCUUUUUAUGAUCGAAGGUAUCCCUUCGUGUCUAUCAGGAAUUCUCGUUUGGUUUUUCCUACCAGACUACCCCGAGAGAGCUUCUUGGCUCUCAGAGACCGAAAAGGAUUUGGCUGCGCAGCGAUUGUAUCUUGAAGGUGCUAAAGGUUCAGCUUCUUCUAUGACCUGGGAAGAUGUCAAAGACACGCUUACCGACUGGCGGCUAUGCGGGCACUACGCUAUUUACUUCGCGGUCUCGUUGCCUUUCAGUUCUCUCUCGCUAUUCUCCCCUUCAAUCGUCGCUGGUCUCGGCUUCCACGAUCUAGAGGCUCAAUUGAUGACGGUACCUCCAUGGGCCGCUGCUUAUGUUUUCCAAAUUCUCAUGUCGUGGUCCGCGGAUCAUUUCAAUGCUCGGGGUUAUCACUGUGCUAUUGCUUCGUUGAUUGGCGCAGCGGGCUUCUUGGCUUCCGCUGUGCUGCCGCCUGAUGCCUACACCCAUCGGUAUGGAUGCUUAAUCGUUGGGACAGCUGGGGCGUUCGGGUGCAUUCCGCCCAUGCUUGGCUGGCUGACCUCGAACAUGUGGAGCACGGCGUCCAUUGGAUUAGCCGUGGCGCUCAAUGUCAGCAUUGGCGCAGGUCUCGGACAGAUUCCUGGAGUAUGGAUAUACAAGGCCGAAGAAGCGUCAAAGGGCUACCCAACCGGUCACGGUGUGAAUUGUGCCAUGCUCUUCUUCGUAGCUUUUGGUGCUCUCGGAUUGAGGUACUACUACGGGCGAAAGAAUCGCAUUCUACUAGAUGGAGCCGCUGAAGGCGUAACUCCUAGACUAUACAAGUUGUGAUGUGCGCUUAUGGAAGACUGUUGGCUGUUUAUUUUACAUCGGACAUUGAUGAUAGCUUUCAGAUUAGUAGGGAGAGCAUAUUCAUGCUAUUAUCAUAGUAGAAACCUCAUACCAAAAGAAUAUAUCUGAAUUAAUCUCUGAAAA